AGGAGGGAGGAGGGAGGAGGGAGGAGGAAGGGUCGCGGCCGGCCGCCAUGGGGCCGGGGCCCCGGGGCCGCCGCCGCCGUCGCCUGAUGUCGCCGCCGCCACCCCUGCCGUCCGUGCGGACGCUGCCCUUAUUGCUAUUGCUAGCGGGGCCGGGGGCUGCAGCGCCCCCUUGCCUGGAUGGAAGCCCGUGUGCGAAUGGAGGUCGCUGCACCCAGCUGCCCUCCCGGGAGGCUGCCUGCCUGUGCCCACCAGGCUGGGUGGGUGAACGGUGUCAGCUGGAAGACCCCUGCCAUUCCGGCCCCUGUGCUGGCCAUGGUGUCUGCCAGAGCUCGGUGGUGGCAGGCACCGCCCGGUUCUCCUGCCGCUGCCCCCGUGGCUUCCGAGGUCCCGACUGCUCCCUGCCAGACCCCUGCCUCAGCAGCCCCUGUGCCCAUGGUGCCCGCUGCUCGGUGGGGUCCGAUGGCCGCUACGCCUGCUCCUGCCCACCUGGCUACCAGGGCCGUAGCUGCCGAAGUGACGUGGAUGAGUGCCGGGUGGGCGGGCCCUGCCGCCACGGUGGCACCUGUCUCAACACGCCUGGCUCCUUCCGCUGCCAGUGCCCAGCUGGCUACACAGGGCCGCUGUGUGAGAGCCCCUCGGUGGCCUGUGCUCCCUCGCCGUGCCGUAACGGGGGCACCUGUAGACAGAGUGGCGACCUCACCUACGACUGUGCCUGCCUUCCUGGGUUCGAGGGCCAGAACUGUGAAGUGAAUGUGGACGACUGUCCAGGGCACCGAUGUCUAAAUGGGGGGACGUGUGUGGACGGUGUCAACACCUACAACUGCCAGUGCCCUCCAGAGUGGACAGGCCAAUUCUGUACGGAGGACGUGGACGAGUGUCAGCUGCAGCCCAACGCUUGCCACAAUGGGGGCACUUGCUUCAACACACUGGGUGGCCACAGCUGUGUGUGUGUCAAUGGCUGGACAGGCGAGAGCUGCAGUCAGAAUAUUGAUGACUGUGCCACGGCCGUGUGCUUCCAUGGGGCCACCUGCCAUGACCGUGUGGCCUCCUUCUACUGUGCCUGCCCCAUGGGCAAAACUGGACUUCUGUGUCAUCUGGAUGACGCCUGCGUCAGCAACCCCUGUCACGAGGAUGCUAUCUGCGACACGAACCCGGUGAAUGGCAGGGCCAUCUGCACCUGUCCACCUGGCUUCACAGGCGGGGCUUGUGACCAGGAUGUGGAUGAGUGUUCCAUCGGUGCCAACCCUUGUGAGCACCUGGGCCGGUGCGUGAACACACAGGGCUCAUUCCUGUGCCAGUGCGGCCGUGGCUACACUGGUCCUCGUUGCGAGACCGACGUCAAUGAGUGCCUCUCCGGCCCCUGCCGCAACCAGGCCACGUGCCUCGACCGUAUAGGCCAGUUUACCUGCAUCUGCAUGGCAGGCUUCACAGGCACUUAUUGCGAGGUGGACAUGGACGAGUGUCAGAGCAGCCCGUGUGUCAAUGGCGGGGUCUGCAAGGACAGAGUCAAUGGCUUCAGCUGCACCUGCCCCUCGGGCUUCAGCGGGGCUAUGUGUCAGCUGGACGUGGAUGAAUGCGCCAGCACACCCUGCCGGAAUGGAGCCAAGUGCGUGGACCAGCCGGAUGGCUAUGAGUGCCGCUGCGCAGAGGGCUUCGAGGGCACGGUGUGUGAGCACAACGUGGAUGACUGCUCGCCAGACCCAUGCCACCAUGGGCGCUGUGUGGAUGGCAUCGCCAGUUUCUCGUGCGCCUGUGCCCCGGGCUACACCGGCACGCGCUGUGAAAGCCAGGUGGACGAGUGCCGAAGCCAGCCCUGCCGCCACGGUGGCAAAUGCCUAGACCUGGUGGACAAAUACCUCUGCCGCUGCCCUCCCGGCACCACAGGUGUGAACUGUGAGGUGAACAUUGAUGAUUGUGCUAGCAACCCCUGCACCUUUGGAAUCUGCCGGGACAGCAUCAACCGCUAUGACUGUGUCUGCCAGCCUGGCUUCACAGGGCCUCUCUGCAACGUGGAGAUCAACGAGUGUGCAUCCAGCCCAUGCGGUGAGGGGGGCUCCUGCGUGGAUGGUGAAAAUGGCUUCCAAUGCCUCUGCCCACCUGGCUCCCUGCCCCCGCUCUGUCUUCCCCCAAGCCAUCCCUGCGCCCAAGAACCCUGCAGUCAUGGCGUCUGCCACGACGCGCCUGGAGGGUUCCGCUGCGUGUGUGAGCUUGGCUGGAGUGGCCCUCAGUGCAGUCAGAGCCUCGCUCGAGAUGCCUGUGAAUCCCAUCCCUGCUGGGCGGGCGGCACCUGCACCAGUGAUGGAACGGGCUUCCGCUGUACCUGUCCCCCUGGUGUCCAGGGCCGUCAGUGUGAGCUGCUGUCCCCCUGCACCCCAAAUCCCUGUGAGCAUGGGGGCUACUGUGAGUCUGCCCCUGGCCAGCUGGCUGUCUGCUCCUGCCCCCCUGGUUGGCAAGGCUCACGAUGUCAGCAGGACGUGGAUGAGUGUGCUGGCCCCUCACCCUGUGGUCCCCAUGGUACCUGCACCAACCUGGCAGGGAGUUUCAGCUGUGCCUGCCACGAGGGCUAUAGUGGCCCUUCCUGUGAUCAGGACAUCGAUGACUGUGACCCCAACCCCUGCCUGAAUGGUGGCUCAUGUCAGGAUGGAGUGGGCUCCUUUUCCUGCUCCUGCCUACCUGGCUUUGCUGGCCCCCGCUGCGCCCGAGAUGUGGAUGAGUGUCUGAGCAGCCCCUGCGGCCCAGGCACCUGCACAGACCACGUGGCCUCCUUCACCUGCACCUGCCCGCCGGGUUAUGGAGGCUUCCUCUGUGAGCAGGACCUACCUGACUGCAGCCCCAGCUCCUGCUUCAAUGGCGGGACCUGCGUGGAUGGUGUGAACUCCUUCAGCUGCCUGUGCCGCCUGGGCUACACUGGCGCACACUGCCAACAUGAGGCCGACCCUUGCCUCUCGCGACCCUGCUUGCACGGGGGCGUCUGCACUGCCUCCCACCCAGGCUUCCGCUGUGCCUGCCCUGAAGGCUUCACCGGCCCGCAGUGCCAGACGCUGGUAGACUGGUGCAGCCGCACGCCUUGUCAGAAUGGGGGCCACUGUGCCCGGACCGGGGCCUCUUUCUACUGCCUUUGCGCCCCGGGGUGGAGCGGCCGCCUCUGUGACAUCCAGAGUCUACCCUGCAGAGAGGCUGCAGCCCAAAUCGGGGUGCCGAUGGAGCAGCUGUGUCAGGCUGGUGGGCAGUGCGUGGACAAGGACAGCUCCCACUACUGCGUGUGCCCAGAGGGCCACACAGGCAGUCACUGCGAGCGGGAGGUGGACCCCUGCUUGGCCCAGCCCUGCCAGCAUGGGGGCACCUGCCAAGGCUACAUGGGAGGUUAUGUGUGCGAGUGUCCAGCUGGCUACACUAGUGACAACUGUGAGGAAGACAUGGACGAGUGUGCCUCCCAGCCCUGCCAGCAUGGGGGCGUCUGCAUUGACCUUGUGGCCCGCUAUCUCUGCUCGUGUCCUCCAGGAACGCUGGGUGUGCUCUGCGAGAUUAAUGAGGAUGACUGUGGCCCAGGCCCACCCCUGGACCCGGGCCCCCGGUGCCUGCACAAUGGUACCUGUGUAGACCUGGUGGGUGGCUUCCGCUGCACCUGCCCCCCGGGAUACACCGGCCUGCGCUGUGAGGCGGACAUCAAUGAGUGUCGUCCAGGUGCCUGCCAUGCGGCACAUACCCGGGACUGCCUGCAGGACCCAGGUGGGGGCUUCCACUGCCUUUGUCAUGCCGGCUUCACAGGUCCCCACUGUCAGACUGUCUUGUCUGCCUGUGAGUCGCAGCCAUGCCAGCAUGGAGGCCAGUGCCAUCCCAGCCCCGGCUCUGGGGGAGCGCUGACUUUCUCUUGCCACUGUGUCCCGCCGUUCUGGGGCCCGCGUUGCGAGCGGGUGGCACGUUCCUGCUGGGAGUUGCAGUGCCCGGUGGGCGUCCCGUGCCAGCAGACGGUCCGUGGACCGCGCUGCGCCUGCCCCCCGGGGCUGUCGGGUCCCGCCUGCCGGGGUUCCCGGGGUUCGCCACUGGGAGCCGCCAAUGCCAGCUGCGUGACCUCCCCCUGCCUCCACGGGGGCUCCUGCCGCCCGGAGACGCUGGCGCCCUUCUUCCGCUGCGCGUGCGCGCCAGGCUGGGCUGGGCCGCGCUGUGAGAUACCUGCAGCGGUGCCCGAGGCCCCCGAGGAACCGUCUUGCCCGAGAGCCGCCUGCGAGGCCAAAAGCGGCGACAAGCGAUGUGACCGAGAGUGCAACAGCCCAGGCUGCGGCUGGGACGGCGGCGACUGCUCGCUGAGCGUGAGCGACCCCUGGCGGCAGUGCGCGGCGUUGCAGUGCUGGCUCCUCUUCAACAACAGCCGCUGCGACCCCGCCUGUAGCUCACCCGCCUGCCUCUAUGACAACUUCGACUGCCGCGCAGGCGGCCGGGAGCGCACCUGCAACCCGGUGUAUGAGAAGUACUGCGCGGACCACUUUGCCGACGGCCGCUGCGACCAGGGCUGCAACACAGAGGAGUGCGGUUGGGAUGGACUGGACUGUGCGGGUGAGGUGCCGGCUCUGCUGGCCCGAGGCAUCCUGGUGCUCACUGUGCUGCUGCCGCCGGAGGAGCUGCUGCGCUCCAGCGCCGACUUCCUGCAGCGGCUCAGCGGCAUCCUGCGCACCUCGCUGCGCUUCCGUCUGGACGAGAACGGCCAGGCUAUGGUCUUCCCUUACCACCGGCCUGGUCCUGGCUCCGAAUCCCGGAACCGGCGGGAGCUGGCACCUGAGGUGAUCGGCUCUGUGGUGAUGCUGGAGAUUGACAACCGUCUGUGCCUGCAGUCGCCUGAGAAUGACCACUGUUUUCCUGACGCCCAGAGCGCGGCGGACUACCUGGGAGCAUUGUCAGCGGUGGAGCGCCUUGACUUCCCGUACCCACUGCGGGCUGCACGGGGGGAACCGCUGGAGCUGCCAGAGCCAAGCGUGCCGCUACUGCCCCUGCUGGCUGCGAGCGCCGUCUUCCUGCUGGUCAUCCUCGUCCUGGGCGUCAUGGUGGCCCGCCGCAAGCGUGAGCACAGCACCCUCUGGUUCCCCGAGGGCUUCGCGCUGCACAAGGAUGCUGCAGCUGGCCACAAGGGCCGGCGGGAACCCGUGGGCCAAGACGCUCUGGGCAUGAAGAACAUGGCCAAGGGUGAGAGUCUGAUGGGAGAGGUGGCCACAGACUGGAUGGACACAGAGUGCCCGGAGGCCAAGCGACUGAAGGUAGAGGAGCCUGGUGUGGGAGCUGAGGAUGCUGUGGAUUGCCGCCAGUGGACUCAACACCACCUGGUUGCUGCCGACAUCCGUGUGGCACCAGCCAUGGCAUUGACGCCACCACAGGGCGAUGCAGAUGCUGAUGGCAUGGAUGUCAACGUGCGUGGUCCAGAUGGCUUCACCCCGCUAAUGCUGGCCUCCUUCUGUGGGGGGGCCCUGGAAGCAAUCCCAGCUGAGGAGGACGAGGCAGAAGACACGUCAGCCAGCAUCAUCUCAGACCUUAUCUGCCAGGGGGCGCAGCUUGGGGCUCGGACCGACCGCACGGGUGAGACGGCCCUGCACCUGGCUGCCCGCUAUGCCCGGGCUGAUGCGGCCAAGCGGCUGCUGGAUGCUGGGGCAGACACCAAUGCCCAGGACCACUCAGGCCGCACCCCCCUGCACACAGCCGUCACUGCUGAUGCCCAGGGCGUUUUCCAGAUUCUCAUCCGGAACCGCUCCACAGACCUGGAUGCCCGCAUGGCAGAUGGCUCCACAGCACUGAUCUUGGCGGCCCGCCUGGCAGUGGAGGGCAUGGUGGAAGAGCUCAUCGCCAGCCAUGCUGAUGUCAAUGCUGUGGAUGAACUCGGAAAAUCAGCCUUACACUGGGCUGCAGCUGUCAACAACGUGGAGGCCACCUUGGCCCUGCUCAAAAAUGGAGCUAACAAAGACAUGCAAGAUAGCAAGGAGGAGACUCCGCUGUUCCUGGCCGCCAGGGAGGGCAGCUUUGAGGCUGCCAAGCUGCUGCUGGACCACUUUGCCAACCGUGAGAUCACAGACCACCUGGACAGGCUGCCCCGGGAUGUGGCCCAGGAGCGGCUGCACCAGGACAUCGUGCGCUUGCUAGACCAGCCCAGUGGGCCCCGUAGCCCCCCUGGCCCCCACGGCCUGGGGCCCUUGCUCUGCCCGCCCGGGGCCUUCCUCCCAGGCCUCAAGGUGGCACAGUCCGGGGGCAAGAAGAGCCGGAGGCCUCCUGGGAAGGCGGGGCUGGGGCCUCAGGGCGCCCGGGGGCGGGGCAAGAAGCUGACCCUGGCCUGCCCGGGGCCCUUGGCCGAGAGCUCCGUCACGCUCUCGCCCGUGGACUCGCUGGACUCCCCACGGCCCUUUGGUGGCCCCCCCGCGUCCCCUGGCGGCUUCCCCCUUGAGGGGCCCUACGCGGCUGCCACGGCCACAGCCGUGUCUCUGGCGCAGCUUGGUGGCGCGGGCCGGGCAGGUCUCGGGCGCCAGCCCCCCGGGGGCUGUGUGCUCAGCCUGGGCCUGCUGAACCCCGUGGCCGUCCCCCUCGACUGGGCCCGGCUGCCCCCACCUGCCCCGCCAGGUCCCUCCUUCCUGCUGCCGCUGGCCCCGGGACCCCAGCUGCUGAACCCCGGGAACCCCGUGUCCCCCCAGGAGCGGCCCCCACCAUACCUGGCAGCCCCAGGACAUGGCGAUGAGUUCCCCGCGGCCGGGGCCCACAGCAGCCCCCCAAAGGCCCGCUUCCUGCGGGUCCCCAGCGAGCACCCUUACCUGACCCCAUCCCCAGAGUCCCCCGAGCACUGGGCCAGCCCCUCACCUCCCUCACUCUCGGACUGGUCCGACUCCACGCCCAGCCCGGCCACUGCCACCGGGGCCACGGCCGCUGGGACACUGUCUGCCCAGCCGCUCCCCCUGUCGGUCCCUGGCCCUCUUGCUCAGUCCCAGACCAAGCUAGGGUCCCAGCCUGAAGUCACCCCCAAGAGGCAAGUGUUGGCCUGAGGGCUCCACAGUUCCUAGAUUUGGGGAGGCUGUAGAGACACCCCAUCCUGUUUCCUCUCUCUCUCCCCUUUUAGUCCAUUUCAUUCUCUCUAAUCUCUUCUUCUCCUGCACCCCACCCUCCUUGCAGUGUGACCAAGACAGGUCACAAGCCUAGGGCUUCAGUCUUCCUUUAUUUAUAAGGGGUGCAGGGUGACCCCCACCCUUUGGGUCUUGUGGUGAGUCUGGGACAUGCUCCUGCCUCUCCCCUCUUCCUGGGGCCACCCCCUCAUUCUCUCCUGCUUUCUUGCCUCUUCUGGCCUCUCACUCAUGUUCUGACACAGGUGGAUUAUUAUUUUUUUUUUUUUUACAUUUUGUAUAGAAACAAAUUCAUUUAAACAAACUUAUUAUUAUUAUUAUUUUUUACAAAAUAUAUAUAUGGAGACGCUCCCUGCCCCCUGCGAACCCCCCUGUGCCCCCGUGGGGCUGAGUCUGUGGGCCCAUUCGGCCAAGCUGGAUUCUGUGUACCAAGUACACAGGCAUGACCGGGAUCCUGUGUACCGAGUACACGACCCUGGUGUGUACCAAGUAGGCACCCUUGGGCGAACCCUUUGGGGCUAGGGGUCGGGUGAGACUUGGGAGCCUCCUCCCCACCCCACCUCCCUCACUUCACUGCAUUCCAGAUGGAACUUAUUCUGUAGCUUUGCUGGGGGAAGUGCCCUUCUGGCCUGGAGAGCCUGUCCCCAAGCCCCCCAUCACAGAGUGUGGGCCACCUCCCUUUGGGAACUGGGGGAUGGGGUGGCCGGUGGGAAUAUGAGGACCAGGGGAGACAUGUGCAUUUUACUUUGUCUCCCUGUAAAUAGGGGCCUGCAGGGAGGAAAGGAGCUGCCUGCACGGCACCUCCUCCUCCUGGUACUCCCCUGGCCCAGCCCCAGGGCAGAAUAGAAGUUAUUUGUAGGCUAUUUUUGUAAUAUAGCUUCUGGCCACAGUCCCUGUGUAGCUGAAUCCCCAGGCCUUGCAUUGUACAGCCCCCUUUCCCCUCACCACCUAAUAAAGGAAUAGUUAGCACUCA